GGCGGGAGGUCAGUAUUGCGUCAGCCGGCGCAUGGACCACACGUGUGUUACGUUACUCGACGACGCGCGGACAAGUGAACUCACUAAUAUGGAUCUUGUGUGGACAAAGAAGCAAUGUAUGAAACUAUUAGACGUCUACCAAAAGCAAGAAGUACUAUGGAACCCAAAUCACAAAGACUAUCGUAUCAGAGACGCUCGGAGACGAGCAUUGGAAAAUAUGAUUGGAAUGAUUGGUCGUCCCAAUACGACAGCAGAAAUGAUCCGGCGUAAAAUUCGAAGAUUUAGGGCAUUGUACAGUCAUCUAAAGAAAAAUUGGUAUCAGUACAACAUCCGGCCCACGAAUUAUUGGUUUAAUAAGGCUGAUUCGUUUUUGGGGAGUGUCUACCAUCAUAAUAAAGGAAAAAAUUUACCCAUAAUUUUGGCCGAUGAACUAAGGAGUUACAAGAAUAAAACACCAACUGGAGAAUGGAAAACCACACGACUGCUACCAAUCAUAUUUCAAUAUGAAAGGUAUCCCAUUCUAUGGAAUACUGCCGCCAAAGAACACAAAAACCGGGAAAUGUAUUACGAAGCUUUGCUAAAACUUAAAAAAAAAGUUGGAGGACCAGAGGUCACUGUUUUGCAAGUACAAAAAAAGCUUGAAUUUAUAAAACAAAAGUAUAGAGAGGAAAGAGCAAAAUUCUUGUUCGAAGAUGUACCGCCUAAAAGGUACUGGUACGAUGUAGCGGACAGGUUUCUGCAAAAAGUUGUCGACGCUGAAUUACUCAAGAAUAUGACAAUAGAGGAUAUUGAUAAAGUGGCAACUACCCCUGUAGCAAAAGAGAGGCUUUUAAAAAAAAUACAAGAGUUACAACCACAAGCCGGCAUAUUACCAGGACCAAAACCAGUAACAAAAACGUAUACGAGAAGUAAGAAACCUAUUGAGCGGGCCAAUACACCAGUGAUUGAGCAGAAUCAGAAUAGCGCGGAUACUGAUAAUGAAUUUAAAAUAUUUGGUCAACUAAUUGCAGCACAAUUGAAAAAAAUGCCUCUAAAUCAAGCAUUAAACUUGCUACAAGAAAUGCAAACGAUGAUUAACAAGACGCGUCUCAUACCUACUUUGCAAGAGGAGCAACCAUCAUCAUCCACUUCUGAUGCUGUUUAUUUUGAAAUGGGGGAUAUUAAAGAAGAUGAAGAUAUUAUUAUAGUAAAACUGGAGAAGGAUGAUUAACAGCUGAAUGUUGUGAUUAAAAUAAUUUUGUAAUAAUUAUUUA